CUUUUCGGUCAUGUUUGUAUACAAUGUUGAAACUGUUGUUUCUUUCACAAAUCACUUGUCAGUCUUUACUCGAACCUUGACUACAGCUGUUUAAUUUUGAAGUUGUGUUUCUUGUUUUUAUCACAAUUUUUUGUUAAUUUAUUACUUUGCAUCGCUUUUCAUUAUUUUUUUAACCAACAUGAGUUUUGACAUUUUGCCCAAUGAAAUCAUCGUGCACAUUUUGAAUCAAACAUCUUGGAUAGGAGACCUCAUCAAUGCCAGUAAAGUUUGUCGACGGUGGUACCAUAUUGUUCAAGAUAGAUUAGCGCAUGUAAAAUAUUUAGUCUAUAAAGCUGCUAAGCUCAGAGGCAGUAAACGAGGCAGAACCAAUAGAUUGUUUGCCGAUGGUUUGGACUUUCAAAGAGAUGUCCUAUUUUACAAGGGAUCACCAAAACACGACAAAACCAAUUUAGUAACUUGUGUAAAAAAUCUACCCAAUGUAAAUAUGGUAGAAGUAUAUGAAUAUAAUGGAAUCGUUGAAAAACUCGUCGAAUGCCUUUUUACAUAUAGACAAGAUGUCAUAGGAGUUUGGCAUCACGAUCCGUUUACUGACAAAUCAGACAAAUUCCGUGUAUCGACGGUUAUUAUAGAGUAUGGUCCUUCGCCUAAUUUUCAACAGUUGUUGACUGGAAGCGUAACUGUUGAAUUAGCAAACAUUUUACCCAGAUUGGUAAAUCUUAAGAGACUGCACAUUGAUUUUUUCGAACCAAACUCUUUGGUUGGCUAUAAUGGACCGCCAUUUGAAUAUAUUGAAAUGUUAGAGCUUGCUGGAUUAGAGCAACUUAAUUUAUUGGAUUUGGUGGACAGGUGUCCAAAUUUGAAGAGCAUGUCUCUCAAUUUUGUGAGAUGUUCUGAUUUUGGCCUAACCGAUACUAAAAAUUUGAACCUAGAAAAUCUAGUUUUGGAAUAUGAAGAUGAAUCCUAUCAGUCUUGGCCAAUUCUAUUACCCUUUUUGAAGAAGUUCCCCAAUUUAUCUGCCCUUGCUAUCCGUAACAACUCUGCAUUUCACGAUCUACUUGUACGCGAAGUACUCCAUCUUUUCCCCCGUCUGGAGAUAUUAGAUGUUCGUGGAUGUCCGCUUACAGAUGCAAUAUUACAGCACAUAAAUAGUGCUAAAGAAAAGUCAAAAAUUAAACUAGACAAAUUCAUCUGGGGUCCUAUUCCUGAUGAUUACUACUUACGGGAACUAUCUGACCCUGUAGUUGAUGGCACUGAUUUUUUGGAACAAAUAUUUCCAAACUCUUUUCCAAACAUACCAAUUUUUCUUCGGCUUGAAUCGCCGGAAACUCAGCAAGAUUAGGCUGCAAUUAAGUGCCAACGACAAGCUAUCUGUGAUAUUUUAUGCAUUUAAUUCAUUUAAUUUAUAAUUCAACCAUCAAUAACUGACAACACCCAAAUCAAAAAUAAUUAACAAAUCCGAAGUAAAUAUUCGCGAUAAAUUCAGUUUUCAAUUUUGAAAUAAUUAUUAAAUGGUGACAAAUGUCAUGUAAUUUUUCUCUCGAAAAUUAUCGAUUUUCAUUUUUAUUAAAGCAAUGUUCAAAUGAAA